AUGGUUCCUCGAACGAUAAUCCUCUGCGCCGCUCAAGAACAAACUUGCAAGGUGCAAGCUUCCGCACUUCCAGUAUUCGGCGAGCAGGUGGCAGCUCCAGUCCAGGCAAAAGCCGCUGGCAAAUCUUUAGUUCAGCCAACAUGCGAAGAUAUAGGACAAUCCUCGACCUGCUCCAGCCAUGACCAAACCAACCUCAGCACCGUUGCACAGCCAGCGGACUCCAGUAUCAACUGCCAGGAGCUGUCGGAUAUAUCUAUCAACGCAAUUCAAGAGCGAAGCAUUGACGGUGACAAUACAGUGCUCCGACAAACGACACCCCGAAAGCUACAAGAUCAGACUAACGAGGGGGGCGACAGUCGUCGCCGUGGCGUUUCAAACAGCGAGUUCUCGGCCGGCACAACAGAUUCGGACGACGACCCAUUCAAGUAUGAUCGUGGUUCCUUUUCCGUCUACCUUCAGCCUUCCCGCGAGAGGGAGCCGCAAUCUGCUACUCUUUGUCACGUUUCGAGCACGAAUCCCUUCCUUAACAGAUUGCAUUCUCACCAGACCCCAACCGUGAAGUACGAUUGGGACAAUGAAGACGGCCCUAGCGAGGUGAAGAUCACUGUCCGGUCUCCGCCGGCCGCAGCAGAAAGCCCGGGGCAGCCAGCUAUCGGCCUGAGCGGAAUUUCCGAGAGGCCUGGAACUGAGCGUCGCAGGCAAGAUAUCCAGACGUUCAUGAGCGAUGCCGCGGACUGGGAGACUGUUGUGACCAGCGACCAGUUCGACAGUAAUCGUGCCUUGGCCUCAUCCACUGGCCUCAGCGGGAGCCACCCGGUGAAGAUCACAGGGAGCAGCAUUGCAGAUUAUUCGGACACUAGCAGCUUCUACGCACCUUCUUUCAACGAGUCCUCACCAACAGAACGGAUCCUGCAGCCCCCGGAUGAGGCCCACACGUUCAAUGCUCGCAAUCGUCCGACACUGGACGAGAACCGGCACCCGGUUUUCCUUCCGAAACCCAGGAUCCAUCGUGUCAACGGCUAUCUCCAGGACGCCGGUCGUAUUUUCCCCGAUCAAAGUGCUAGCAGUAGCGGGAACUCAGCUAGGAGCGCACUCGUGGAGAAGCUCAGCGCCUCGAUUAGGUCACGUAGCGCUAGCAGGCGCAUGCGCAGGCAGAGCCAAUACCUUAACACGGAAGGGUGGCCCAACUCCAACUUUGAGUCCCUGGAUUCUCUCUCGUCGACGAAUACUUCUCACCAGUCUGUCGCAUCUGUUGGUCCUGAAUCACCUACCCUGUUCAGCUUUCCGUUGAUCAGUCUUGAGGAGGCCGCCAGGCGUGAGGCGCUCAGAAAGGAGGCCGAGAACCGCGACAGUCUCACCGCUACUAGCGGUGCCAGGACGCGCAAGAAUUCGAGCAUGGACGCCUCAAGGACAACCCAGAGAACGGCCCCUCUCACGCCUCAUAUUACAAAGCCCGUUCCCGCCCAUGCUCGCAAUCCUAGCGCACUGCGCUACAUGCAUAAUGCUAGACCAUCCCAAGAGAGAGGUGUCAUAAGACACAGCCGUGGAGUCUCCGACGUGCCGUCGCAUAGGAGCGGCAACCAGAUGGUGACCCCCCAAUCUGCGCUAUCUCGCUCCUUCAGGGUCCCUCUCGAGCCUGGCGAGAGAAGCAGCCAUGCCUUCCUGGGACCGCCAUCCGUAUUCGCAUCUCCACGCCUUGUCGCUCGCGACCAGCGACAUCUGACUCGUGGAACUAGCGUGGCAGCGACAGCCGACCUGCGCGAGAUUAUAAGUUUCGAGACCGGACACCCCUUUGGUGUUACGUCUGAGGAUGCCUACCUGUCGUGGGAGGCGCGGCGUCGGCGCCAGGCCUACUACUAUUUCAUGUGCAUGUUGUGCAUCUUCCCUUUCAUCGCCCCGUUGGUUUACCGGGGCACUUUCGACGCGGCCCUGUCGUGGUACACCAGAGGCGAGACGGGCCAGCUCAGUCAGCGGCAGCGGCGCAAUGUCUUGAUUGUGGGCUGCUGCUUCUCGGCUGUCUGGCUGGUCGUUGUUGCCGUCUUUGUGACUGUCGUUGUCAACAAUAGCAAGCAGCACCACAACGGUGUUUAG